AUGGAGACCCCUGUAGAAAGUGGUUUGCAGACCUCAAAGCCUCCUAAAUCCUCCUCAAUGUCCAGCAUCCAAAGAUCACCCAACUAUCCCGAAUACUCACUCUUUGAGAAGGAAGUAACCAUCUUUGGUUCUCGGUGGCUUUGGAUGUGGGCCAUUCUACUCAGUGGUGGGAGGGACUCCCUGGUCCCCUGCUCCUUUGUUCAGGUUCUUCUUACAAAAUGUCCAUGUGAUUGUGCUCUGAAGUCACAGGGAAGCUUCACCCAUCAUAUUAAGAGCCCCUGGGUUACCCAAAGGGGCAACCUCAUUCCACAUAUGUCUGUGUCCCCAACUCCUCUCAUAACCUUCCAGGUAGGUGCCUGUGGCUUUCCUCUCACUCCAGGCCUCUAA